AUGUCCUGUGUCCACUACAAGUUCUUCUCCAGGCUGAACUAUGAUACGGUCACCUUCAGCGGCCUCCACAUCACCCUGCGCGACCUCAAGCGCCAGAUCAUGGGCCGCGAGAAGCUGAAGGCGACCAGGAGCGACCUGCAGAUCUCCAACGCCCAGACCAAAGAAGAAUACACGGAUGAUGACGCCCUGAUUCCGAGGAACUCCUCGGUAAUUGUCAGAAGGAUCCCUGCUGGAGGAGUUAAAGCUACCAGCAGAACCUCUGUUACAAGUCGAACGGAGCCAGUGAGCGGAACACCAAAAGCAGUAUGUAAAAGCACAGGGUCACACCUUUUUCUGCACACUGCACUGAAUUCUGAACAACGUAGCCUUGUAUGA